AUGCCUUCCAAGCAUACCCAUUUCCCGGAAGAGCCGCCUCAGGUCAUGGACCACGCCGACCUCGACCGCGCCAACGAAAAGCUCCACGACGCUGCCGACGAUUCCUCCAAGGACGGCUCCGACGCCAGGCAUCAUCGGCCCGCCGACGGCACCACCACUACUGACCACAUCGAUAACAAGGAGUCGAGAGGCGACGGCGCCAAUCUCGAGAAGCUGGGCACCUACGACAAGUAUGAGCUGACCGAGGACGAUUGUUACGAGGAGCUGGGCUUCUGCUUCCCCACCUGGAAGAAGUGGUACAUCCUCACCAUCAUCUUCAUCGUUCAGGUCUCCAUGAACUUCAACACCUCCCUCUACUCCAACGCCAUUCCCGGCAUUGAGAAGGAAUUCGGCGUCAGCGCCCAGGCUGCUCGCUGUGGUGCCAUGAUCUUUCUCGUCCUCUACGCCUUUGGCUGUGAGCUGUGGGCUCCGUGGUCCGAAGAGUUUGGACGUUGGCCCGUCCUCCAGCUCUCCCUCUUCCUCGUCAACAUCUGGCAGCUUCCCGUCGCCCUGGCUCCCAACUUCGCCUCCAUCAUGGUUGGCCGAGCUCUCGGUGGUCUCUCAUCCGCUGGAGGCUCCGUCACUUUGGGUAUGAUUGCCGAUAUGUGGGAGGCCGACAGCCAGCAGUACGCCGUCGCCUUCGUCGUCUUUUCUUCCGUCGGUGGCUCCAUCCUCGGGCCGAUUGUAGGUGGAUUCAGCGAGUCUUUCUUGGGCUGGAGGUGAGUCUGGACACUCUGCCGUAUACCAUCUCCUCCUACAUCCAGCUGAUGUACUCUUGCAGAUGGUCGAUCUGGAUCCAGCUCAUCUUCGGCGGCGCCAUUCAGAUUCUCCACUUCUUCACCGUCCCCGAGACCCGAACCACCAUCAUGUUGAACCGCAUUGCCAAGAAGCGCAGAAAGGAGGGUAACCCCAACGUCUGGGGCCCGGACGAGCUCGUUCCGUUCAAGGAUCGGUUCUCCGCCCGAGAAGUGCUGCAGACAUGGAUUCGUCCCUUCAAGAUGUUCUUGACCGAGCCCAUUGUCCUGGUCUUGUCGCUGCUCUCUGGUUUCUCCGAUGCUCUGAUUUUCAUGUUCAUCCAGUCUCUCUCGUUGGUAUACAAGCAGUGGAACUUCUCCACCGUGGCCGUCGGCUUAUCUUUCAUCCCGAUUGGCGUCGGGUACAUCAUUGCGUGGAUUGCGUUCAUCCCUGCAAUCCGAAGGAAUAUCAAGGAGCGCGCAGCCAAGCCGGACGACGAGAGAGCACAGUACGAGUCCAGACUAUGGUUCCUGCUCUACACGGCACCAUGCCUUCCCAUCGGUCUGUUCGGUUUUGCGUGGACCAUCCUUGGCCCUCCCAUCCACUGGUUUGGCUCCAUGGUGUUCGCCGCCGUGAUAGGCAUUGCAAACUACUCCAUCUACAUGGCAACCAUCGACUACAUGAUCUGUGCGUAUGGUCCGUAUUCCGCUUCCGCGACAGGUGGCAACGGGUGGUCUCGUGAUUUUCUGGCCGGUGUUCUGACCAUACCGGCGACGCCCUUCUUCACCAACAUUGGAGCAGACAGCGGCUACAACUUGGAGUACGCUUGCACGAUCCUCGCCUGCAUCUCCUUCGUGCUCGUGAUUGCCGUGUACGUGGUAUACUGGAAGGGUCCGGUGUUGAGGAAGCGAUCGCCAUUCGCUCAACAGCUUGCCGGCGCCAGGGAGCAAGAGGGCGGUCGACGAUCGAGCGCGUUGGACUACUAUGGAUCGCGGCAGGGCAGUGAGUCUUGUCUUUCUCCAACGGUGAUUUCUGGACUUUCAAAUGCUAACACGCACGCAGGUGUCGCUACCCAUGCGAGUGGUCGGCAACGACCCGGACCCGGCGAACGCUCGUAUAGCCAGCAGCAUCGCUUCUUUGGGGAGUCACGCGUGACGCCACGAGGGACGCCGAGAGGAACACCGUCAGCGAGCAGAGCGAACAGCAUCGUCGGAAUGUCUCGAAACAGGUCGGGAAAGGUCUAG